AUGAUCACUCAUGAAGGGAUUGAAGGACUUUCUUGCGUGCCCUUUUCUUUUUUUCUGACGACGAUGUCCCUGUUCUGUGCGUCAGGUCAGAAUGAGGCACCUGAACCGCUGAUGGUGGGAAGGAUCGCUGGAACUUGCAGCUCUUGCCGGGGCUUUGUUAGGAUGUGCAACGAAAGGAGAACCACAAGUCACGUUUUGCAAGCCGGUGACUAUUAUCGAGUUGUAACGUUGCAGGCCCACCAAGGCCCUGAGUUGCCAACCUUUUUCAUGAGAUAUCACGAGGUGCAGGUCGCAAUGGUGGAUGCCGAGCAUGAGUAUGCCUCAGUCUACCGCGACACGAACCAGCUACUUCGGUACUUCAGGCCUUCGCUAAAGUACCUGAUCUUCGAUGACUUUGGCACCGACCCAGGUGUCAUGCGUGCUGUGCGGGAGUUCGUCCAGAGCGGCCGCUUGCGGGUGCUGGGUGGGGUGAAGACCUCAACCACUUCGGGCGUCUAUCGCCAGCGGCUGCUGGAUGGGAAUGAAGAGAUCUUGACCGAGGAAGAAAAACAGGAGAAGGAUUCGAUCAUUAAGGAGCUCACUCGAAAGCUAAGUGGCCCUUUGGCGGAUGAAGAUGGCAACGUCCCCACCGGAGAGGACCGGCCCAUUGCCAUCGAGGUGGAUGGCCCAAGUCACUUCUACGCGAACUCUCAGCAAUACACUGCCUAUACGAAGCUGAAGCAUCGGCUGUUAACGCGGAUGGGCUACAAAGUUCUACAUGUCCCCUACUUCGAAUGGAGACAGUUGAGAUCUGCCAGGGAUCGCGAAGACUACAUGCGAGCCAAGCUGAAGGAAGAGCCCUCAGAGUGGCUCGACCCGGAAGACGAGAAGUACUACAUUUAUGGACCAGAUGAGGGGGCAGCCAUGAUGAGUUUAAGAACCUGUUUCUUUCGUUUCUUUAUGUUUCUUCAUGUUUCUUCUAGUUUCUUGUCCAGGUCGGUAGGGCUUUUCGAAGCGGUUGGCAAAACUUACCUCAGAGUUUGA